AUGCCUCUCCUGGAAGCUCGCGUGAAAAGUGUCCUUUCCGGCGACACCCUCGUAUUGACACAUGUGACCAACAAGAGCCAGGAGAGAAUCCUCAGUCUUGCAUAUGUUUCUGCUCCCAGGCUGCGCAGGGAGGGCGACGAGCCCUUUGCCUUCCAGUCCCGUGAAUUCCUUCGCGAGCUCCUCGUUGGCAAGGUGAUCCAGUUCCAGAUCCUCUACGUCAUCCCCACCGGCGCCAAACGAGAAUAUGGCAUCGUCAGGCUGCCUGGUGGCAGAGAGCUGCCGGAGCUCUGCGUGUCCGAGGGGUGGGCCAAGCUCCGUGAAGAUGCUGGUCGGCGAGACGAGUCUGAGGACACAGCGUUGGUGCUUGAUAGACUGCGAGAGCUCGAGUCACGGGCACGCUCAGAAUCAAGGGGUGUCUGGGGUCAAGGACAAAGCGCCGAGGUCUCCUACGACAUUCCUGAACCGAGGGCUCUUGUGGAUAGCUUGAAGGGCACUAUGGUCGAUACUGUGGUGGAGAGAGUAUUAAACGGCGAUCGUUUACUCGUCCGCAUGCUGAUCUCACCGCAAAAGCAUGUUCAAACGAUACUCGUGGUGGCGGGUGUUCGUGCCCCGUCAGCGAAGCGAGUCAAUGCAGAUGGAACGGCGCAGGCUGGCGAACCAUAUGGCGACCAGGCACAGCAGUUCGUGGAGGAUAGGCUGCUACAGAGAAAAGUCAAAGUGUCUCUACACGGUGUCACGCCACAGAAUCAGCUCGUCGGCACUGUUCUUCACCCCAAUGGCAACAUCGCCAAGUUCUUACUUGAACAGGGUCUCGCGAGAUGCUUUGACCAUCAUUCCACCCUCCUGGGUAACGAAAUGGCCGCGUUCCGGUCAGCGGAAAAAGCUGCCAGGGACGCUCGGCUUGGUUUGUUCGCAGAUGCCGUACGGAAAACAGCUCCUUCAGCAGGUGCAAAUGCAGAUUUCGUUGUUAGUCGCGUCCUGAAUGCCGAUACCAUCUUUGUGCGCAACAAGGCCGGAAAGGAAAAGAAAAUCAGCCUUUCCAGCGUGAGGCAGCCAAAACCAUCGGACCCUAAACAAGCACCUUUUAGCAAUGAUGCGAAGGAAUUCCUUCGUAAAAAGCUCAUUGGCAAACAUGUCAAGGUGACUAUCGAUGGAAAGAAGCCUGCAACCGAGGGAUUUGAAGAGCGCGAGGUUGCUACAGUGAUGGCGGGAAAUACUAACGUCGCCAUUGCAUUGGUUGAGGCUGGCUAUGCUUCCGUUAUCAGACAUAGACGUGACGACGAUGACCGGUCUCCUGAUUAUGACAGUCUACUACAGGUGGAGGAAGUCGCCCAGAAGGAACAGCAGGGCAUGUGGUCAUCGAAACCACCCAAGACCAAACAAUACAAUGACUAUUCCGAGAGUUUACAAAAGGCAAAAAUGGAGGCUUCUGUUCUUCAACGCCAGAAGAAGGUUGCUGGUGUCGUUGACUUUGUCAAGUCGGGCUCGAGAUUUACGAUUUUGAUCCCACGAGAUAACGCGAAGCUUACUUUUGUCCUUUCCGGCAUACGAGCUCCUCGAUCCGCUAGGAACCCCGGUGAAGCCUCCGAACCCUUCGGCCAAGAGGCUCAUGACUUUGCGAACCGCAGAUGUAUGCAACGUGAUGUUGAGAUUGAUGUUGAAACCAUUGAUAAAGUUGGAGGAUUCAUCGGAACCCUCUACGUUAACCGAGAGAACUUUGCCAAAGUACUACUGGAGGAAGGUUUAGCAACAGUCCACGCCUAUUCUGCUGAACAAUCGGGGCAUGGCCCAGAACUAUUUGCCGCUGAAAAGAAAGCCAAAGAAGCGAGAAAGGGGCUCUGGCAUGACUGGGACCCCAGUAAGGAUGCAGAUGAGGAGUAUGAAGAUUCGCCUGCUGCGAAUGGCGCUGAACCUGCUGAAGCCGUCGAGCGCCGUAAAGAUUACCGGGACGUUUUGGUCACGAAUAUUGAGGAGGAUGGCAAGCUCAAGGUUCAGCAGAUUGGCUCAGGCACUACUGCAUUAACUGAUCUUAUGAAUUCUUUCCGGUCAUUCCACCUUAACAAGGUGAAUGAUAAGCCGUUGGAAUCCCCACCCAAGGCUGGUGAUCUUGUUGCUGCUCAAUUUACGGAGGAUAACGAGUGGUAUCGAGCCAAGAUCCGACGCAAUGACCGCGAGGCCAAACAGGCGGAUGUUUUGUAUAUCGACUACGGAAACACUGAGAGAAUUCCCUGGAGUCGCCUCCGCCCGCUCUCGGCACAGUUUUCCAUGCAAAAGUUGAAACCACAGGCCGUGGAUGCGGUGCUUGCUUUUGUUCAAUUCCCCAUGUCACCGGAAUAUCUCGCGGACGCCAGGCGUUUCAUUGCCGAGCAGACAUUCGAUAGGCAAUUGGUCGCUAACGUUGAACACGUCGCCCCAGAAGGAACGCUCACCGUUACACUUCUCGAUCCGUCAAACUCGGAUAAUCUUGAACAGAGCAUCAACGGCGACCUGGUUCGUGAAGGACUGGCGAUGGUUCCCCGGAAGCUCAAGCCCUGGGAACGUUCUGCAGGUGAUACCCUUGCGCAUCUGAAAAAAUUGGAGGAAGAAGCCAAAGAGAAGCGACGAGGGAUGUGGGAGUAUGGUGAUAUCACCGAAGAUUAA